AUGGUGAACUCUUUCUGUAAGAGAGUUUCAUCUUCUACUCCCAGGAUUCUGAACUGGAGCAACACCAUCGUCACCAAAAAUCCAACCCUUCGAGACUUGAAGGGCAAGAUUUUUGAUUUACCUUUGGAGAAGGUACUUUACAUUGAAGAUAAAAAACAUGCGUCCUGCGAUGAAGAGAGUAAGCAAAGCCUUCAACUUGACGGUCUAUUUAUCGAUGAAUCUAUUGAUGAACGUGGUGUAGCGAAGCAAUCCUUCGAGGGUGGCUCAUCUUCAAAGAAGUCUGAUUCAGCAGAUAUUGAUUGGAUGAAAUCUAAGCUGGAGAUGCUCAGUUCGAAUCAAUCAUCAUUGGCCGAGGACUUCAUUUCGUUGAGGUGUUUUGUUGAUUUUAAUUUCAAAUCCGUAAUGACUGUAAUUAAGGAUAUCCAAGAGAAGGUUAAUGCCAUUCAUCGUCGUCCUUCUGACGAGGGAAAGUCAUCGGAUGAAUUAGUAACUCAAGAUUCUGAUGAUGAUGCUGAUGAUGAUGAUGAUGAUGAUGAUGCCGAGGAUGAUGAGAAGCAAUUGCCUGAUCCAGAAAAUAUUGAUUCCGACUCCGACGAUGGUGGUGAGUUGGUUAAAGUUGGUGGGGAUGCUGAUGAUGCUGACAAGGCUGUUACUGCUGUUCCUUCUGCUGAUGUGAAUCCUUCUGAGGAUGUUGGAGGGAGUGAUAAAAAUGUUAAGGAUGUUGAGAAGCCGAAGGGCGAUGAGUCUCGAUUGAAGGGGGACGAUUUCUUUGAUGGGUUGAGCCAGCUUGUAAUAGAUGAUGAUCAAGUUGUGUUGGCUGGCUUGGAGGCUGUUCCUAAAAUCAAUGUAAGUUUACUUUUAAUUGUUUUCAAAAAAACUAGGUUUCUUUUUGGUUGCUCAUUAGUUUCUAAUAUGUUUUGCAACUGUUUUAAUGCAUUCUUUAUUUUUUAGGUCCCCGCACCCAAUCCAGAUGUUGUUGGUGAAAAGUCAGAUGCCCUUCAUACUGAUGAAGAAACUGAGGAUACUGUCUCUGAUACACCUCUGUUGGAUAAGAGGAAGCGUGCUCCGGCCUUGAAAUCUCCAUUUGUUGAUUUCGGGUCUGCUGAUGUCGGGAGCACUCCAAUGGAGCUUAUGUCCUCAGGUUCUCAAUCAGCUGGGGAUGAUAGGGAUUUCAAAAUGGUGACUUAUGUGAAGGGCCUUUAUGCUCUUAAUGAUGCUUUUGCUGAUCCCGUAUCUACCGAGAUUGAGGCAAAAUUUGACUUUUGGAUUAGUGAAGGAUUGCUUAAGCAUCCCAGGUGACUGUUUUUUAUUAAAUCUGUUUUUGUAUUAUUUUUUUUUUUCCAGUUUUAUUCCUGUUUUAAUGCUAUUUUUUUGCUGUUUUUUUGUUGUUGUAGGCAUUAUAAUUGUUAUGAAGACGGCGCAAAGAAAUUUACCCCGGGUUUUAGGCUAGGUGUUGAUUAUGUUGAGGAUAAAACUUGGUUUUACCAUUUGGCCACAUGCGACAUGUUUAUGAACGACUCGGUAAAGUUUCCAAUUUAUAUUGUACUUAUGGUAGUUUGUUUUUAGUUGCUUUAUAAAUGUUUUUUAGUUUUGAUACUACAUUUCAGUUUUUUUACAGUUGUUAAACCUUUUCAUUUGUGUUUCUGUGUUGUUUUUUUUUCUCAGCAUAUGAACACCAUAUUCUAUUACCUUCGGAAAAAAGGUAAGUAUUCUUCCGCUGUGACGUUGAAUUUCGCAACUACUGAUUGUCUUUUUGAUGAUUCCAUCCAAGCAUUGUACCACAAAUUUAACAAGGCCAAGUCAAUGAAGACUAAGAUGUCACACAUUCACGCUGCCCACCCAAUUGCGCAUUACAUCCGAGGUAUGCGCAUUCCCUGUUCCAAGCCUUGGUAUGAAGCCGAUCACGUGCUUUUCAUCAUCAAUUUAAGAAGGGAAAGUCAUUGGGUUUUUGGGCGUCUUGACGUGAACGAAGGGACGUUAUUUCUGUACAAUUCUUUGAGAACCGCGAAGAUGAAUGCCGCAGCUAGGAAUGCGAUGAAGGCUUAUUCCGUGUUGCUGCCUUUGUUUUUCGAUUUACUUGGGUUCUGGAAGAAUAGAGCACAAGCUCCUGCCUCAGUUUCUGACCCUACAGCUCCAUUCAGAAUCGUGGAGCUUAGUGGUCUUGCGUCUCAGCAGAAGAAUGAUUGUGGAGCAUAUGUUGCUGCCUUUGCUGAAUUCUUUAUACACGGAAAGGAUGUCCCUGCAGACUUUGACAUCGAAGUUUAUCGAACCCGACUUGCUUCACUUUUCUACUCGUACGGACAAAGGAAAAUUGACCAAAGUAUUGACAGCGAGGAUGAGAAGCAAACCAAGUCUUCUAAGGCAUCUAAAUUGAAGAAAUAGGAUCUUUUAAUUUGGUGGCUCUAUUCUGUUAUUUGUUGAAUCUAUUUACUUGACAAGUUUUAGUGUUGUUGUUUCAAUGUAGGUAUUAUAUUUGAUUUUAUACUAUGUAGCUGGUUUAAAACUUUUAGGAUAUUUGACAUUCACUCCUUAUAAUAUCUUUAUUGUAUAGGUUUGUAUUUCCCAAAGUUGUGUGUUUUUUUAAUUGUUCAAGUUCUUAUAUACGGUCGCACAACUAUGGAGAAACUAUUAACCAACUAAAUACAAACUAUGUUUUCAUUUUUCCUAAAUAGUGCUAUGAAUGUAUAUUUAUUCUUCGUAUUCCA